AUGGGCGAGUGAAAGAAACGGCUCCGGCAAAAUCAUUAAAAAUUAAUUAAUUAACCGCAAAUCAGCGCUCCAAAAGUUUACAAACAACUCGGUAUUAAAAGUAAUUAACGCGUGCGGUUAUUAGAGGACUCGAAAAUCGUUAAAUUCCCAGGAUUUGUGUGUUUUUCCACUCGCCGCAGCAGCAUAUGUACACACACACACGCGCACCCCCGCCCCAAACACACACACACACACUCGGAUAUAUAUAUAUAAUAUUAUAAUUAAAGUUGUGUUUUAAAGUGUGUGCGUAAAGUGCAAUAGCCCAGUGGAAAGUGGAAGUGAAAUAGAGUGUGGUGUUCCAGGAGUUCCAGGAGUUUUGAGUGUCGUCUUAACACACAUGUCUUCCCAUUUGCUUCUGGCUUUUCCAAGGGCUGGGACUAAGGGUUAAGGAUUGCGGAUUGAGGAUAAGGACACACGGAUAGCGGAUAAGGAUACGGAUAAGGAGUGCCAGGCGGAGAAUCAGGAGGAAUAUAGGAGUUGUCCAAUCGCUUCGUCUCCGCAAUUAUGCAUUGGCUAGAGGCGAUUUGCAGCAAGCUUAGAGUGCCAGCAGCGAGCAGCUGCAACACAUAACCACCACCAAACGAUCACCAUCAAAAAAAGACUUCUUCAUCAAACUCCAAGUCCACCACCAACAACAACAACAACCUCUUGCCUCCAGGAGCAGUCCCUACCAGGAGCAGUCCCAGCUGGAGGAGCAGGAAUCCCCCCGCGGCGGAGGAGCAGCCAGUCUGGAAUGUUGGAACACCCCCAGCGAUUUGUGCGCAACAUCCCCGACUCCUCAGCCAGUUCGCAGCAGUAUUCGCAGCAGCAUCCGCCACAGCUGCCGCAGCACCAGAAUCUGAAUCUGAAUCUUAAUCAGAAUCAGAAUCUGAGUCAGAAUCAAAAUCUGAAUCAGAACAACCAGAUCUACCAGUACCGUCCCCAGGUGCCAGUGCCCGUGCCAGGAUCACCUGCCCACCAUCAGCGGCACUCGUCGCUCUCCCAGCAACAACAACAACAACAACAGCAGCUACAUCACCACCGCACCCUGUCCACCGCCUCCUCCUGCAGCGCCCAGCACAAAAGUGUGACCUUCGGACAGCCAGCGCUCGACUGCGGCGGCAACGGCAGCGCCAACGGAAGCGGUAGCGGCAACUCCUCCAGUGGCAGUGCCGCCGGCAACGCUGGAACCCAACCAAUGGCGGGCAACAUGAAGCACGGCAAAUCUCAGGAAGACGUCUGCUACGUGGUAGCCAAGUACGAUUAUGCAGCGCAGGGUGCCCAGGAGCUGGAUCUGCGCAAGAACGAGCGCUAUCUGCUGCUGGACGACUCGAAGCACUGGUGGCGCGUCCAGAACAGCCGCAACCAGUCCGGCUACGUGCCCAGCAACUAUGUGAAGAAGGAGAAGCCCUCGCUCUUCGACAGCAUCAAGAAAAAGGUGAAAAAGGGCUCCGGAUCAAAGACGCUGCCCAAUUGUUCGCCCUCGCGCCAGAUCGAGAGUCCAACCAUGUCGCGCCGACUGCCCCCAGAUCCCGCCGAGGCCAUCGGUUCGGCCGUGGUCAAGUACAACUACCAGGCCCAGCAGCCCGACGAACUAUCGCUGACCAAGGGCACGCGCAUCCUCAUCCUGGAGAAGUCCAACGACGGCUGGUGGCGUGGUCAGAGCGGCAACUCCGUCGGCUGGUUUCCCAGCAACUAUACCACGGAGGAUUGUGAUAACGACGGCGAGAUCCACACCUACGCCAUGGCCGAGAACGUGCUCGAUAUUGUGGUCGCCCUAUACAGCUUCACGUCGAACAAUGACCAGGAGCUGUCGUUCGAGAAGGGCGAUCGGUUGGAGAUCGUGGAUCGGCCCGCCUCCGAUCCGGACUGGUACAAAGCUCGCAACAACCAGGGCCAAGUCGGUUUAGUUCCACGCAAUUAUCUCCAAGAGUUGAACGACUACCUGGCCACGCCCUAUCGCAAUACGAGUGCCAGCGCCGGAAACGGGAAUGGAGGAGGUAGCAAUGGCGGAGCAGGAGGCGGCGGUGGAGGAGGAGGAGGCGGCGGAAGCGAUUCCAUGGAGCGACGCAAUGAGGGCAAUAAGCCGGCGGCGCAAUCCUCUGGCCAGCCAAUUGAACGGCCAAAUCUGGCGGGCAAGUCGUGGUAUUAUGGAGCCAUCACCCGAAGCCAGUGCGACACGGUGCUCAAUGGCCACGGGCACGAUGGCGAUUUCCUCAUUAGAGACAGUGAGACUAACAUGGGCGACUAUUCGGUUUCGUUGAAGGCCCCCGGACGCAACAAGCACUUCCGCGUGCACGUGGAGCAGAACAUGUACUGCAUCGGGCAGCGGAAGUUCCACUCGCUGGACCAACUGGUCGACCACUACCAAAGAGCGCCCAUCUACACGAACAAGCAGGGCGAGAAGCUGUAUCUGGUGCGAUCCCUGCCGAAGGCCAAUGGCACGUAAACAGAGUUCCGGGCGGAAUCCAGUGCGGCGGAAUCUCAGCAACCAGCAUCCAGCAUCCAUAUUACCCGUAUUCAAUCAGCAACACACAUAUGCAACACAAAAUGAUAUACCAAGGCUAUCUUGUAGGCAGCUCAGCGCAGCGCAUCGCGACGUGUAGUUCAAUGUAGUUCGGUUCGGAUAUUCAGUUAUGGACACUCAGUACAGUACUCAGUUUUGGAUUAGAUCUGACCAGCGUGUGUAUAUAGAUCGGUUGGUUUAAACGCGACCCGUACAUAUAUAGCCACGGACAAACACAAAUGACCUUUUUGUACUUUUAUAUAAUUGAAUUAACUAAAUUACCGCUUAAUUAUCGCAUUGGCUAAAAGUAAAGAACCCAUCAUUGCAUUCGAUUCGAUUUGAGCAAUUCUAGAUGUCAACAUGCAAUACCAUUUACAUAUUUACAUACCAUACAUGUGCACAUAUUAUACUAUAUUCUAAAGCAAAGUUGUAGCAGACUAAAAUGUACACAGAGAAGAGAAUGAGGCCGCUUUUAAUCAGAAUCACAACACUCGAACAUGUAAUAUGAGAUAUGAGAUAUGAUAUGAUAUGAUACGAUGUCUAUUAUCCAUGCGUUAACCAUAAGCACAUACUGUAUUUCGUGUAUGUACUGUACAUACAUGGGUGAGACACAUCCUGAUCCUGGAUCCAGGACACUCAACCCACAAACACAGCCAGAGUGAGGAAUACGCGCUCCUACAGUCAUUUUUGUUAUUUAUCCAUUUAAUUAUCGACUACGAUAUAACCACGCAAAAAAACAAAAACAAAUACAAUUGAUAUCUCCGGGCGGAGUCAGUCUGCCGCCGCAUAAUUAUAAACAUAUUUAUAAUUAUAACAUAUUCGUUUGCUGGCGUGGAGGAGGAGGAAAAGUGGGUGGCGACUUAUACGCGUAUAAGCCAUAAUGUACAGUUGAUGCAAUGCUAACCUAGGCACUUUUUCAUCUCUAGAUAUACGUGUACUCUUAUUUACGAUUACGAUUACGAGAGAGAGAUAGUAGAACGCAGCGAUUCCAGCUUUAACUUUUGUUUAAUUGCUAUUAUUUGUUUUCCUACGUUUACCAUUACGAUUAUUAUUUUGUUUUUAUUUAGCUCUAGGAAAGAAAUUAGCGAAGGAACGUAAAUGAAACGAAACGAUAGGGAGAAGUAAAAUGUGGCUGCCAGUUAAAUGACUUUCAACUUUUCUUUCAUACGCGAAUUUUUAAAUUAUAAAUCUAUAUUAUACGAGUACGUAACAUAAAACUUAAAUAAUUUAUAGUAAUUUAAACGAUUGCUAAACAACCAACUAGUACUAAAGACGAAGAGAACAAACUAGAAAUUAUACCGAAACGGAAAUGAAUAAAAAUACAUUCAAAUAAAACAUAAA